AUGGUGGACUCUUCAUCUUUGACCACAGCUACCACCAACUUUCUCAGUGGCAGCUGCGCUCAGUUGUUUUACCAGCAUAACAAAAAUGUUUUAAAGAAGCAACACAAAAUUCCCAAAGGGAGUGAGUAUGAUAAUAAAUGGCAAAAACAUCUCAUUGUGUUCUUUGAAAGGUUGCAUGGGCAGGACAGUUACAUCAGAACAAAUAUUGGAAAUUAUCUGCAAGCUUUAACUGACAUGAGUAUUCUCCCCGAAUGCCGUGGAACCAAUCACCUAAAUAAGGUCAACUUAAAACAUGCUCUCUUUCCCCUUUUUUGCAGUGAUUUUCUGAUUUAUUGCUUUUCUUUUGCAGGCUUGUUUAUUUCUCCAGAUCAGCCAAGUCUUAGCAUACAAAAAGAUAUCCUUGCAAUAACUGCAAAUGAUACUCUAAAUAUUACUUGCAGUGGUCAAAGAGCUGUGGAAUGGCUGUUGCCUAACAAUCAGAGUAGUUCUGAAAAACAUCUGGCAGUGACGGACUGCCAGGACGGCCCCUAUUGUAAGAGGCUCACUCUCACAAAAGUAAUAGGGAAUGACACUGGAGACUACAAGUGCUUUUACAGAGACUCCCAGGCAACUGCAAGCAUUUAUAUCUAUGUUCAAGAUUACAGAUCUCCAUUUGUGACUUCAGUUAGUGAUCAGCUUGGUGUUAUAUACAUUACUGGGAACAAAACAGUGGUGAUUCCAUGUCUUGGAUCCAUAUCAAAUCUCAACGUAUCACUUUAUGCGAGGUAUCCAGAAAAGGUAUUUGUUCCUGACGGUAAAUCAAUUUCAUGGGAUAAUAAAAAAGGCUUCACUAUUCCCAGUAACCUGAUCACCUAUGCCGGCAUGGUCUUCUGCGAAGCUAAAAUAAAUGAUGAAAGCUACCAGUCUGUGAUGUACAUAGUUGUGGUUGUAGGGUACAGAAUUUAUGACUUGACUAUGCACCCUUAUCACCAAGUAGAGCUGGCAGCAGGGGAGAAACUAGUUCUAAAUUGUACUGUGAGGACGGAGCCAAAUGUUGGAAUUGAUUUCAGAUGGGAUCACCCUUCUGUUAAGGGCAAACGUGCUGUAGUCAGAGACUUGAAAACAUCGUCCGGGAAUGAGCCAAAGAAGUUCGUAAGCACUCUGACCAUAGAUCAUGUUACCUUAAGUGAUAGAGGCCGAUAUAACUGCACAGCAUUCAGUGGCCGCAUGACUAAGAAGAACAGCACGUAUGUCAUUGUCCAUGAAAAGCCUUUCAUCCUUUUGGACAGAAUGGGGUCUGUGGUGGAGACAAGGGUAGGAGACCAAGUCAAAAUCCCUGUGAGAUUUACUGGCUAUCCUCCGCCGGAAGCAAAAUGGUAUAAAAAUGGAAAAGCCAUCAGCACAAAUCAUACAAUUAGACUUGGUUACACAUUAACAAUUACUGAGGCAAGUGAAAAGGAUGCUGGGAAUUACACCAUUGUACUCACAAACCCCAUUAACAAGGAGCAACAGAGACACACCUUUCACCUGGUUGUGAAUGUUCCACCUCAGAUUGGGGAGAAUGCUUUAUUGGCUCCCGUUGAUUCCUAUAAAUAUGCGACUACUCAAGUCCUAACUUGCACAGUGUAUGCCAUUCCGGCCCCAGUCAAAAUCCAGUGGUACUGGCAGUUAGAGGAGCAGUGUACUUUCAGCCCUAAUCAAGUUGGUUUGGGAAUCAAUCCUUAUGCAUGUAAGAAAUGGAAAGACAUCAUGGACAGAAAGGGCGGAAACCGGAUUGAAACAAUUAAAGAUAAAUUUGUUGCUAUUGCUGGGAAAAUGAAGACUGUAAGCACUCUUGUGAUUCAAGCAGCAAACGUGUCAGCUUUGUACAGAUGUGUGGCUACUAACAAAGCUGGAGUGAGAGAGAGGAUUAUCUCCUUUCAUGUUACCAGGGGUCUUGAAAUUAACCUUCAACCCAGAUACCAGCCCACUGAAAAGGAUAACGUGUCCUUGCAGUGCACUGCAGACAAACUUACUUUUGAAAACCUAACCUGGUAUAAACUGAGUCCUCGCAUCACACAGAGACCCUUUGGCGGAUUGCCGAUGCCUGUGUGCAAAAACUCGGAUGAUCUUCUUAGGCUGAACGCCACGAUUUCUAACACCAAUGGUGAAAAUGUUACCGUAGAGCUCUUGCUUCGUAACAUUUCUCUUCACGAUCGGGGGGAUUACAUUUGUAUAGCCCAGGACAAAAAGACUAAAACGCAACACUGUGUUGUCAAGCACUUCACCGUUCAAGAGCCUGUGGCACCCACGUUGGUAGAGAGGCUGGAGAAUCAAACAGAAAACAUUGGUGAAACCAUAGAAGUAUCAUGCCCAGCAAAUGGAAUUCCUCCUCCAUACAUCACAUGGUAUAAGAACAAUGAAACCCUUGUUGAAGACUCAGGUAUUGUUUUGAAAGAUGGGAACAAAACUCUAACCAUACGCAGGGUAAGGAAAGAAGAUGGAGGUCUCUACACUUGUCUUGCCUGCAAUGUCCUCGGAUGCAAAAAAGCAAUAACUUUUUUUGUAGUAGAAGGCGCUGAAGAGAAAAUGAACUUGGAGCUCAUUAUCCUGGUUGGGACUGCAGUGAUUGCCAUGUUCUUCUGGUUGCUUCUUGUAAUCAUUCUCCGGACCGUUAAACGGGCCAGUGAAGGGGAACUAAAGACAGGUUACUUGUCAAUUAUCAUGGAUCCUGAUGAAGUCCCUAUGGAUGAGCAGUGUGAACGUCUUCCCUAUGAUGCCAGCAAGUGGGAGUUUCCCAGAGACAGGCUAAAGCUAGGUAAACCCCUUGGGCGUGGAGCAUUUGGCCAAGUCAUAGAAGCAGAUGCAUUUGGAAUUGACAAAACUGCUACCUGCAAAACUGUCGCGGUAAAAAUGCUUAAAGAGGGUGCUACACACAGUGAGCACCGGGCACUUAUGUCAGAGCUCAAGAUCCUCAUUCAUAUUGGUCACCAUCUAAAUGUUGUCAAUUUACUUGGUGCCUGCACAAAACCAGGAGGCCCGCUUAUGGUGAUUGUGGAAUACUGCAAAUUUGGAAACUUAUCAGCAUACUUAAGGAGCAAGAGAAGUGAUUUUGUUCCAUACAAGACUAAAAAUGCCAGAUUUAGGCAGGGAAAAGAAAACUAUGUGGGUGACAUCUCAGCGGACUUGAAGCAACGUUUAGACAGCAUCACAAGCAGCCAGAGUUCGACGAGCUCAGGCUUUGUGGAGGAGCGAUCACUCAGUGACGUAGAGGAAGAAGAAGCAGCUUCUGAAGACCUUUGCAAGAACCCUCUGAGCAUGGAGGACCUCAUCUGUUAUAGCUUCCAGGUGGCCAGAGGGAUGGAGUUCUUGGCUUCACGCAAAUGCAUCCAUAGGGACCUAGCUGCCCGUAAUAUCCUCUUAUCCCAGAAUAAUGUGGUUAAAAUCUGUGAUUUUGGCUUGGCAAGAGACAUUUACAAAGACCCAGAUUAUGUCAGAAAAGGAGAUGCCAGAUUACCGCUAAAAUGGAUGGCACCAGAAACAAUUUUUGAUAGAGUAUAUACUAUUCAGAGUGACGUAUGGUCCUUUGGCAUUCUGCUGUGGGAGAUAUUUUCAUUAGGAGCUUCGCCAUAUCCUGGUGUAAAAAUUGAUGAGGAGUUUUGUAGACGACUGAAAGAAGGAACAAGGAUGAGAGCACCGGACUAUACAACACCAGAAAUAUAUCAGACAAUGCUGGACUGCUGGCAUGGAGAACCUAAGCAAAGACCUACUUUUUCUGAAUUAGUGGAGCACCUGGGAAAUUUAUUGCAAGCCAAUGUUCGUCAGGAUGGUAAAGAUUACAUUGUCCUUCCUCUAACGGUAUCACUGAACAUGGAUGAGGAUUCUGGACUCUCUUUGCCAACCUCACCUGUUUCCUGUAUGGCGGAAGAGGAAGUCUGCGAUCCUAAAUUCCAUUAUGACCAUUCUUUUCUUUACAGUCCCUACCGACAGGGUAGUAAAAGAAAAAGCCGACCUGUGAGUGUGAAAACAUUUGAAGAUGUGCCCUUAGUACCUGCAGUAAAAAUUGUUCAAGAUGACAAUCAGACAGACAGUGGGAUGGUUCUUGCAUCUGAGGAGCUGAAGACAUUGGGGGACAGAACUCAGCAAGUGACAGUUCCCUUCAGUGGGUUGGUACCCAGUAAAAGUAACGAAUCCAUGAUGUCCGAAGCCUCAAACCAGACAAGUGGUUACCAGUCAGGAUAUCAUUCUGAUGACACGGACACCCCAGUUUAUUCCAUUGAAGAGACAGAACUAUUGAGCACCAGAGAGGACAUACCUCAAAUAUGCUGCACACAGACACUUACCUACAACGCAGGUGUUCCACUCAGCUCACCACCUGUUUAGAACAGAACAAACAGGAAAUCACACGGAACAUUCCUAUUUUUCUUAGACUGGUUGUAUUCAGGGUUUAUGCGCAGGACGUCUACAUUCUCAAAAUAAAGAAAAUACACAUUAAUGUGACAUGGCUUUCACAAGGCGGAGACGAGUUUCAUGUAGCAAAUUACACAGCGAUGAGUCACAAGAUGCUUGGUCAAGAGACAUCAGUAGCUCAUGCUGAGUUGCAACACACUGUACAGAUGAUGUAUUUUGUUUCUCUGAUUACAAAGUUGGGUUGUGGGCUCUUCGAGACCCAAUUGAAAUGCAUGUUGACACUAAGACUACAGGCAAUGGUAUAACAUUCAGCAAAGCACUUUGUGCGUCCAAUUGUACGAAAUAAAGCUCCAGCCAUGCCUUUUGUUUCUCCUUUCGGCUGGGCUCCAGGAAGGAAAUAUCGCUGUUCUGGUUUCUUGUUUGAGAAUUAUUUUUUUACUCACACCUACCCAAAAAAAAGAAACUUCCGAUUUAAGCUCUGUGUCUGUCUAAAGGUUUCUGACUAAAUAUAGAUUGGAUUAAACAAAGACAAGUUUGACAGUUGCUCUCUUUGACAGAGAACACAUUUGCUGUGGUAAGACCUGAUGAGCUGUAUUUCUUUCCCAGUGAAGUCAGUGAAUUUGGGCCUGAUUCAAUACCAUCGAAAGUACAUGCCAAUAAUUCACAUGGACUUUAAUAGGCAAUAGAUCAGGCCCUAUAUCAGCCAGAUAUGAAAGGAGAAGUUACCUAAGGCUCAGAGGCAACUUGUUUUUAAACUCUUAUUUAAAUUAACUCAUAACUUAUUUUUAAACUCUUGUUCUUCCCAAACAUAGAAGGCCAAAUUCUGUGCAGGUAUAAACUGACACAGCUCCAAUUUACAGCAGUGGAGAACUUGACACAAACUUUUGAGUAACAAUAACUUGUUACAUGGCAGCUCAAAUUCCUAUGAGUGGUGAUUUUUUCAACUUAAUUAUUUGCUGAACAGGCUUUCAACUGUUCUUUGUAGCCCAGAGCUGUAAUGAUAACACUGUAUAUAGGCAAGAUUUUUAAAAUGUACAGCUAUUUCUACUGUGUUUCUUUAUGUAUUUUGUGUUUUUGUACUAUAAUGUCAUGCUGGGGGAUUCACAAAUAGAAAGCAAAUAUGGCACACAAUAUUUAUAGCCUGUUAAUGUAGAAAUAAAUAUAAUAUAUUAAAAUAUAAAUAUAUAUUAUAUAUAUACCGAACAUUGCACUAUUUACAUUUUGUAUCAUUGUUUUGUAGCAUUACAGAGGUCACAACUUUUUUAUGGCUGAAUUAUCUCACUUUAUUAAAAGGGAUUGGAAAAUAUAAAU